AUGGUGUUGCUGGCUCGGUGUGAGGGCCACUGCAGCUACACGUCGCGCUCCGACCCUCUCAUCUCCUUCAGCUCGGUGUUGAAGCAGCCCUUCAAGAGUACCUGUUUCUGCUGCAAGCCCCACACCUCCAAGCUGAAGGCUGUGAGGCUCCGCUGCGCCGGAGGAGCCCGCAUCACCGCAACCUACCGCUACAUCCUAGCCUGCAACUGUGAGGAGUGCAGCUGA